AUGCUUUGCUUCGCGCUUUCUGCUAUCUCUCUCUGCUUUUCUGAACCUACUCUUCUUCUUGCGUUUCCUGUUGCUUGCCUUGUGCAGCUUUUGGGUGUCCCUGCCGCGUUCUCGUUUGCCUUUGGCUACGUUCUUUCUCACUUUUGGCCUUCUUUUGUUGCCUUCUUCAAGAAGUGCUUUUCCGUUGCCUUGGUCAUGAAGUGCCUCUCUGUCGCCUUCCUCAAGAAGUGCUUUUCUGUUGCCUUCGUCAAGAAGUGCUGGGCUUUUACCAACCCUCGUCCCUUGGACCGUUUGCCUCAAGCAAACUCAACCUUGAACCUCAAGUCGCCUGAACGCCCACCUUUGGCUGGCCUUGUUGUUACUUGUCUCUCGUCUCGUGCUGAAGGUCUUGAAGUCCUCUCUUAUCACGCUGUACGAUUUUCUCCUUCUUUCCGUUGUCCUGCUGGUAUUCCCUGUGUCCAUGAGGGUAACCAAGUUGUCUCUGGUUGCUGUGCUGGUCUUGGUGUUGCUCCUUCUCGUGCUCCUGUUUCUGCUGUUGGUGAUGUUGUUGUUUCUGCCGGUGACCAAGUUGUCCCAAACGCUGCUGUUGGUGAUGGUCCUGUUGUUGUCGCUCGUGAUGGUGUUCGUGCUGUUUGUGGUGCCGUUGAUGACGUUGCUUCUUCUGGUGUUGCUCCUCUUGCUGUUGCUUUGGCUACUUCUGACGAUUGUGCUUCUGCUGGUGUUGACGAAGACGUUCGUGGCGUUUCUGCUCUUGGUGGUCUUGUCGAUUCUGUUGGUGGUGAUGAUCAAGCUGUUGAUGAUGACGCUGUUGCUGCUGGUGGUGAUGAUGACGCUGUUGAUGAUGACGCUGUUGCUGCUGGUGGUGAUGAUGACGCUUCUGCUGUUGGUGAUGACGCUGUUGCUGAUGGUGGUGAUGAUGACGCUUCUGCUGUUCGUGAUGACGCUGGUGCUGGUGCUGUUGGUGAUGACGCUGUUGUUGAAGACGCUGUUGCUCGUGUUGGUGAUGACGCUGUUGGUGAAGACGCUGUUGCUGGUGCUGGUGCUGAAGAUGGUGCUUUUGGUGGUCAUGAUGUUGAUGACAUUGAUUUUCUCUGCGUCCUUUUCCGGUACAUGAGUGUCGAUGAUCCUUUUGAUGAGGACACCCACAUGGCCCCUCCCUUUGAUCGCCGCUAUGUGGAGCCUAUUGAUGUGAUGGCAGUUGACGAUGACUUGUUGUCCGUUAUGUCGCCUGAAUACAACAACUCUCCCUUCCUUUACAAUGACGAUAUUGACGAUCCUAUUGAGAUCGAUACGCGUUCCCCUCAACUUCCUCCUCAACCCGCAACACCACCAACAUCACCUCCACCAUCACCAACGCCCAGCCAUAUGGAGGUUGAUAACACAAUCCUUUAUCCCAUUGUCACUCCUACCGCUAUCACCACCACCACCACCGAUACCGCCACCACCACCAAUACCGAUACUGCCACUGCCACCAUCAAUACUGCCGCUGCCAUUACUACCAUGCCUACCGCUACUAUGACCAUCACCAUUCCUUCACCUGUUCCUGCCGCUACCAAUAUGCCUCCUGCUACUCCUGUCACCAUCAUUACGCCAUCUCCUGUCCCUGUCACCACCACUACGUCUCCUACUACGGUCACCACCACUAUGGCUUCUCCUAUUCUUCCCGCCAUCAAUAUGCCAUCUCCAAUUCUUGCCGCUACAACUAUGCCUACUACAACACCUGCCACCAUUAAUUCCGCCACCCCUUCACCAUCUCUUACCGCUGCCACCACCACCAACAUCCGCAACACCACACCCUCAUCAUCACCACGUCCGCAAUCACCUGGUGAACAACAACAAAGCCAGCAAGAGCAGCAAUUGGCAUGGGCUGAAUUUGCUGCUUGGCUUGCAGUAGCCACUGAAGACUUGGAUUUUGAUCCAGAGCAAGAGGAGGAGGAGGAUGACGAUGAUGAUAGCGAUUAUGAUGGCGAUGAUGAUCAAGAUGGCGAUGAUGAUGGCGACGACGAUGGUGACGAUGAUGAUAGCGAUGACAGUGGCGAUGAUUAUGCCUAUGAUUAUGGCUAUAAUUAUGACUAUGACGAUGAAGAUGACGAUGCCUAUGGCUAUGUACUUGACGACCACAACAAUGAAGAAGACCAGUAUGUCUAUGAAGAAUACGAGGCCUUCUAA